AUGACUGAUUCAGAUUCUAAACUAAAAACUGGCGAUCUGGUAUUGUGUAAAGUUGGCAACUAUCCGUCAUGGCCAGCGGUAGUAUUUCCUCAAAGAUUUUUAUCAAGAGAAGUUUACAAGAAAAGGAAGAGUAAUAAAGUUGCAGUUUGUUUUUUUAAUGAUACCUCCUAUUAUUGGGAUCAGCCCAAUAAACUAACACCUUUGACCAAGCCACAAAUUAAAAGCUAUUUGAAAAAAAGGAAAAACAAUGGCUCAAAGGAUGACAUAUAUUAUGCUUAUAAAAUGGCUUAUGAGUUUGAAUCAUUACAUGACUUUGUAGUAGCGACCUGCGAAUCUGAAGGUAGAGAAUAUGAUGUAGAAGAUAUAGACCAUAUUGAAAGUGGCGAGGAUCCAUUUCUAGGGAAAGUGGCGCUCAAAAAAAAUAAAAGGAAACAAACCUCACAUCCUGGUGAAUUUGAAUCUAAAAAGAUGAAAAAGUUAAAUAGUGCUUCAAGUGUUGGUAGUAAUAAUAGUGACACUGUUAGUGCCGCGGAUAACUUCGUACCUAGUUUCAAAGAAGAAGAGACACAUUAUGAUCUAGAAGGAAAGGAAAUAGACCAAAAUAAAACUGCCAAGGACAAUAAAUUGGAAAUGGGGAGCAGAAUAAAAGAGGAUUCUCCAGAAAAAAAAGAUGAAGAAAUGGGUAAAGAAAAAAAGGAUGCAGUUAAUGGGAACCAUAGUGUUAAAGAUAACGAUAUUGAUUGUGGUAGUAGUACAGACACCAUUACACCGGGAAAUGAUAGUGUAUCUCAUCCCGAUAAAAAAAACACUACCACCAGUAAUAAUAAUGAAAAGGAAAGAUUUGAAUUAUCUGAUGUAAACAAUGGAGAUAGAGAUAAUAAUAGUUCUUGUGAUGCGAGUAUUACAAUUAAUGGUAAAAAACCAAAGAGUAACUAUACUAAAAGGAAGAGACUGGAUCGUAAUCGUCGAGUAGAAGCAUGUCUUUUGUUUAGAAGAAGGAUUCAAAAAAAUUUAAUCCAAAGAAAUGAGCCACCGAAACAACAAGAUUUGGAUGAGAGUGAAGAAUAUUUACGAAUCAUGUAUGUUCAAUCACUGUAUGAUAAUGAGUGUGAGGAUAAAUCUGAAAAGUUUUUUGACACGGUAGCUUUAAAAGCUAGUAAACUUGAUAAAUUGUUGAGAGCGAUUAUUAACGAUUCCAAACUAGGAAAAUUUCAUGACAUUUGUAAAUCCUUACUUUUAGAAUGGAGUGACACAAUACAGGAGGUUAAAAAACAAAAAUUAUUGGAAAAUCAUUCUGGUAAUGGCAACAAUAGUGAUGGAAACAUUACCACCAGUAUAUCAAUUAAUUCACCACCCCUUUCUUCUUCUUCAUCCUCUUCUUUGCAAACUGACAAUAAUAAUAAUAAUAAUAAUAAAGGUGAUUAG